UGUCCUUCUCACUCAGGUAUCCUGAGUUUGCAACGUCCCAGCAAGGUUAGCACCAGCAGCAUGGCGGGCAGCUGUUGUCCUGGAAAUGUCACGGCCAUUCCAGCUGUGUCCACCAUCUCCCUAUGCUCAAAUGAUGGCAGCUUCCAAAAUGGUAUCUGUUUGCCUAGUUCCUGUAGGAGCAGAACGUGGCAACUGGUCACGUGCCAAAAAAGCUGUCAGCCAUCCGGCAGUGCCCCAAGUGGCUGUGAACCUGCUUCUUGCCAACCUGCCUGCCUUCCAGCAGCUUCUUGUGUGGGUUUUGUUUGCCAACCCAUUUGCUCCUGCCCGGCCUCCUGUGAAUCCAGCACCGGUCAGUCUCCUUGUCUGCUUCCCUCAAGCCAGCCCUCCUGCUCGGAGUCCACCAGUUGUCAGCCAAAGUGCCGUGAGGCCAGCUCCUGCCAACAAAGAUCCCACCAGGAACCUGGCUACAUGUCUGGACUGUGCCAGGCAGCUGGUGGCCAAUCAGUCUGCUGUGACAGUAAGUCCUGCCAGCCAUCCUGCUCUGCUGAGGUGACAUCCUGUCCUGAAACAUCUUGCCCACCAACCGUCUGUGCAGUUAGUUCAUGCCAGCCAACUUGCUGCCAAGCAGGUUCGUGUCAACCCAUUAGUGGUGAAGAUCAGCCCUGCAAAUCAACUUGUUACCAACCCAUCUGCUACAUUUUCAAGUCUUGCCAAUCAUUUCCCUGCCAGCCGUCGACUUGUGGGUUCGGUUCUUGCAAUCCUACUUGCUGUGUGUCCUCCUCGUGGGAGCCACUGUACUGCGUACAAGCUCCUUCCAUAUCCUUCUUCUGCCAGCCAGUGGCUACCUGCCAGGCCCCUUGUUCUGUAAAGAACCCUUGCAAACGAGCUUCCUGCAGCACCGUGCUUUCUGGCCAACCAACUUGUGGUGGGUCCCCCUCCUGCAACCCAAGUGGCUGCAGAUCCCCUUCCUGCCAACCAGCUUGCUGUGUGACGGGUUUUGGCAAGUCCUCCAGUGGUGGCUCCAAUUGCUUCCGACCAGCUCCCUCAAGUCUCUGCAAAGCCAGCCCCUGCUUGCCAACUUCCUGACAGCCCAGCUACGAGUCCAGCUUCGGUAAGGCAGCACUUCAUGGAGGGAGCACUCUGCACACCUCCUCUGAGUGCUGCUGCUGUCUACAAGCUCACGGCCACCCCGUGGUGCCUGCCUCUGGCCGAGCAUAGAUGCUGCCUGCUUGCUAACUUUACUCUGACUCCAGCCCCACGUUCUCUCCAGGUGCUGACGAGGGAACUUGUCCAGCUGCUAAGAGACCCUCCUUAACCAAGGAGAGCCUUUCAGCAAGCAUGGUCCACACCGUGGCUUGCAUUUCCUGACAUUUCAAUUCUCUUCGCUUCAGCAAAGCCUUCUCCAGUUUUCGUUUCUUUUGAUGCUGCUCAGUCUUUAAAAAGACUCCUUUGCUACCAACUGCUAAUAAAAAUGUGACUGGUUGGGCAUAAUGAA